AUGGAUGUGUUCGUAGGCAUUGCUAGGGCAAUAAUUCUUCCACCUGACCUCCAAACUUCUAAGAGUUUGGAUGGUGAUUCAUUGGCCCAGAGCGCCCUUCAAAUAAUGGUGGUGCGAGUUUGUGACCUUGGGGUUUGGGUCGUGAAGAAUGGUGAGGAGAUGAGGAAGGCUUUUCUAUCCAAUUCCCUUAUCAUUCAGAAGUACAAUCACCUUGAAAGUGAAUACGUUAAGGUCAUCAAGGAAAUUUCUCGUCUUCAUGCUAAUCUAGUCAAACUAUCCGACCAAAGUGAGGAGCUCGAUAAGAAUCUAAAAGGGACCAAGCAAGCUGAGAAAGCAACCUAA